UUUCACAUCACUAUAGGAGGGGCUUGGGCGAGGUUGCUGUGCCCGACGUAGUUUCUAGUCGCUGCCGGGAGCUGACUGCGGGAGAAGACUGUGCGGCUGCGCUCUCCUCCUCUCUCUUUUCACCCCCUUUUCCAUCUCUCCCCCUCUUUCUGCAAAACACGGUCUUCUCUCCAUCAUUUUGAUCCCCGGAGCAAGAAGCGAGAAGAGGAAGAACAGAAUAAAUAAAACGAAAUGGGUUCGUAGCGGCUGAGCGGCGAGCAUCGGUGAAAACGAUGGAUUCCCUGCGUUCCCUCGUCUUCGUCCUCUCGGCGUUUCACAUCCAGCUGAUCGCAUCCGCUGACAAGAAAUUUGGCUGCCUGUUUGAGGAUCAGCUCUGCUCCCCGUACGAGAUCUGCACCAACGAUGGAGUGUUUGGGAGGUGCUCGCCAGUCCCAGUGACAGACCUGUACACCUACCAGGUCUCUCCAAACGUCCUGCAGCGCUUGAGGACCCUUCUGCAGAGGCUGGCUCACAGAAGAUUAUCUUGGGAGGAUGACGCCACUCAACAGGCUGUCGCUCAGGAGCUGUCCAAACUGCGGAAGGUUUCCUACCGAUAUCCAGACACGGUCUCAGUGGACGGCAGCACCAAAUCCAGGGUGGCCAAUCAGAACCUCAAGCCCACGGAGGUGGAGCUGGGCCGAUCUCUGCAGAAGUACCUGCAGCAUGCGGGUCUCCAUUACCAACUAGCCACUCCCACCGGCCUGAGGCCCAAGACUGGGAAGCCUGUGAGCCAGGACGGCCCUCAGAAUCUGGCAGAUUACUUCCGUCCGAAGUCCCCGGCCAAAGGGGGUCCCCAGAGCUCCCUGCUAUCCCAGGCCCCCCCUGCCGCCAAGCCCCCGCCGGCACACUCCCGCCUCCCUGGGGGCGAGGACACAGAGCUCAUCGCCGCGCUGCAGAGGUUUCUGGCGGGGAGGCUGGGGGGCCGGCCUGCGGCGGGCGGACCCCGGGGAGAAGCAGAAGCAUGGGCACCGGGCCUGGCGAAGAGCCUGGAUGGGCACAGGGGGGCAGCCCCUCCGCAAGCAUCACCCCAAAGACCAAAAACCGACAAGCUCCUCUUCAAGUCUGGCUCCCGCCAGACAAAGGAACCCCUCACUAAAGUUGAUGAGGAGUUCAUCCAGAAGGUGGUGACGCAGCUGGGCCGGCACAGCGUGGACGUGGACGCCCUGAGCGGCCGGCAGCUGGAGGAGCUGGCCGACUCCAUCGCCGACACCCUCCAGGUAGUGGACUCAGAGGCUGCCGGGGGCGCGCGGCUCAGGGGGGCCCAGAGGGAGAUGAAGAGGGACCCGGUGCCCACCUCAUCGCUGCCUGAGGAUGCCUCGCUGCAAGAACAACAAACAGAGGAGGUGGAAAAGCAGAACUCUGGUGAUAAGGAUCCCAGCCUGGUCAGCAAGCUGCUGGAGUACCUGGACCAGGCGAGCUACAGCGACACCCCCCGGAGGGAUGCCUCGGAGGAGGAGGGGGGGGGCCAGGGGGCGGCAGGCUCCCACGGGAUCGGGGUGGAGAGCGUCAAGAGCAGGACCACCCAGACGGACAUCGCCGUGGAGAAGAAAGAGGCGGCGCCCCCCCCUGCCCGCGGAGCCGCGCAAACGGCAGACCCCGCCCACCUCGGGGGCGUCCCCGAGCCGCAGAAGAAGGACAUGCGCUUCGAGGAGGAGCUGCAGCUCGACGUGAAGUCCGUGUCCAUGGCCGAGAGGAGGGACGACUACGGAUACAUCAUCACUGACACCGACUCCCUGUCCACCGACCAAGGCCUGCACCUGAUGGAGCUGCUAGCCCGGCGUGCCGGCUUGCAGAUGACGGAUAUCCUCGAGCUCUCGGUGGUCGGCCCAGUGGUGACCUUCAAGGUGAGGCCCAACGCGCGUAACCUCUCCACGGCGGACGUGGCUGACAUGGCAGCUAAACAGGAAGAUAACCUGGGAAAUGAAUCGGCAGUGCGCAUCCUACAAGCAGGAGUCAUGGACAAGAGCAAGCUGUCGGAGCUCCCCACCAGGAGCAACGAGGCCGAGUCCACCAAGUUCCUCAUCCUGACGGUGAUCUCCAUCGUGUGCAUCAUCGCCGUGCUGCUGGCCUCCACGGGGGUCUACGUACUCCGGCAUCGCUCCCACCACAAGCUGAAAGAGAAGCUCACCAGCUUGGGCACCGACGCCAGCUCCGGGGCCUCCGCCACAUACCAGGAGCUGUGUCGGCAGAGGAUGGCGGUGAAGACGGAGCGGCCCGAGCCGGCACACGGGUCCCGCAUCAACAGCGUGUCGUCGCAGUUCAGCGACGGGCCCAUUCCCAGCCCCUCGGCCCGCAGCAGCACUUCCUCCUGGUGUGAAGAGCCUGUGCAGUCAAACAUGGAUAUCUCCACCGGUCACAUGAUCCUGUCCUACAUGGAGGACCAUCUGAAGAACAAGAACCGCUUGGAGAAGGAGUGGGAGGCGUUGUGCGCCUACCAGGCGGAGCCCAACGCCUGCACCGUCGGCCAGAGGGACAGCAACAGCAAGAAGAACCGCUCCGGCACCGUGGUGGCCUACGAUCACUCGCGAAUCACCCUGAAGGCAGAGAACAACCAGGGAGGCUCAGACUACAUCAACGCCAGCCCCAUCAUGGACCACGACCCCCGAAACCCCGCAUACAUCUCUACGCAGGGACCUCUGCCUUCCACUGUGGCGGAUUUCUGGCAGAUGGUCUGGGAGAACGGAUGUGUGGUUAUCGUGACGCUGACACCCCUGACGGAGAACGGAGUCAAGCAAUGCUACCAUUACUGGCCAGACGAGGGCUCGAACCUCUAUCACAUUUACGAGGUGAACCUUGUAUCAGAGCACAUUUGGUGUGAAGACUUCCUCGUGAGGAGUUUCUACCUUAAGAACAUGCAGACAAACGAGACUCGCACCGUGACACAGUUCCACUUCCUGACCUGGCUGAACCAGAACGUUCCGGAAUCUAGUAGGACCCUCCUGGACUUCCGCAGAAAGGUCAACAAAUGCUACAGAGGUCGAUCUUGCCCAAUAAUUGUCCACUGCAGUGACGGCGCCGGCCGCACCGGGACCUACAUUCUCAUCGACAUGGUCCUGAACAAGAUGGCCAAAGGUGCCAAGGAGAUUGACAUCGCCGCAACUCUGGAGCACCUCCGGGACCAGAGACCAGGAAUGGUGCAGACGAAGGAACAGUUCGAGUUUGCGCUGACAGCUGUAGCAGAAGAAGUCAACGCCAUCCUCAAAGCUCUUCCUCAGUGAGAGGCUUCUGGCCCUGUGCCCUUCCUCCUCCUCCUCUUCCUCUCUCCCCAAGGACCACCCAGCCCUACAUGUCUCUCUCUGUGGAUGUUGCACCAGAACCCUAACCUAUUCUUAGCUGUCUCUCUCCCCUAAAUCUCUCUCCCUCUUUCUCUCUCUCUCUCUCCCUCCCUUCUUUCUCUGGAGUUCUUCCCAAGCUGAAACUUCAAUGUUGAUAAUGAAAACAGCUUAAAAAAAAAAACACCAUUUCUGUAAAUAGAGUACAGUAACUAUCAGAUUAAAAACGGUUUUAGAUUGUGAGUGUGCAUCAUAAUUUGGGUCAGGAAAUCGUCACGUUUAGGCUGCCGGUGCUAACGGAGCCCAGGCCGUUCUGACCUUAGAUGUAUUUACCUGAGCUGUACCUAUUAUCCCGGCUUUUUAAGAUAUUCGGCUGCCGGCUGAGGUGUCGAAAAUAGCCGUGCGUGAGCGUGCUUCCUCAUGUGACAUUAGGGACCAUUAGAGGUGUAUAGAAGUGCCAAGAUGUGCGAUGUUUCAUCAUUUCAUCAUUCGUUUCAAGCUGGUGAAGGCUAGACAUUUUUCAGUAAUAAAUUACACAUAAGCAAUAUAACGUUUCGUAUUUGACGGCUAACUAUUUUAUUUGGACCCGUGUACAGUUAUACGCUUAAUGCGCAAUCGGACAUGAAGCCCUGCUCUACCAUAAUCUGCUGUUAGUACUUUGACCAUCUUUGUGCUAAUUAAAUAUUAGCCGCUAUCUCGGUUUUUUAGCUAACGUCCAGUUGCUGCUGCCGGUUUUGUGUUUCCCGCCCUGUGCUGUGAUUGCCCGUAUCUCACAGCCCGUGUUCUGCCGCGGGAUUUUUCGGCUAAAUAUGCGCAGUGACGCUGCUGGUUUCACCCGUCUUGUUAACCGUCAGGUGAGCCGGACGAGGGACUUCUGAGGCAUCGGUUGCCAGAGCGACGCUGAUCUUGUGCCGGUUUCCGUGACGCCGUCUUACUAUGUAGCUGAAGAAUCGCUCUGGGAGACGGUAAAGGCACGUGCCGUGUGGAGGCCACUGGCAUCGUACUUAGCCAGCUGUGCUAAUGUUCAUAGAACAGAACAGCUUUAGAUGCCAAGGAGUGAGAUCUGUUGUGCAAAAUUAAUGACCUGUAGCUUAAUGAAACGCUUAUUUUUCAAGCAUCACCUUCAUUUGGGUCAAUUCACUGGAAAAAAUGGGUUUUAUUGUGAUUUUUGGAAUUUGGUCCAAUGGCGUAAGGUUCUCAUUUUGCAGAGGCUUGAAUUUGCGCCCCUAUAAUUUUUGGGUCAGUGGUUUCGACCCGCUUUCCUGAACAGUAGUGACUGAGUAGCCGUUUCCAUUAAUUUUUUUAUCAAGUCCUUCACCAAUUACGUUUGUUUUGGUUUCUUUAAAUCAAUUAUCACGUUUAGAAAAAAAACAGGUUUUGAAAGCAAUGGUAAGAUUUAUAAGCCAGAUGUUGGAUCGUAUAUCCACAUGGAUCCUUGUGAAAUCCGGAGAACAUGACUCACGUCGACAGUCACUCAGUCUUAACGCUGUCCGUCUGCAGCCAUACGGGGGGGGGGAAAUAAAUGCCGUUUGGGAGAGGAAUCCAUCCUCCACCGCGUGAGCGAAAGAGAGGUUUGAGGAGCGGGAACGCGGCUCAGCAGGCAGUGAGUAAGAUGUGAGCGAAUUAGCCCGGGAACGAGCCGGGAAUGGCGAUGAGGACACCGCCAUUGUGCCAGAGAUACCCGAGCCGUCAGACGGCACGCGUGGGCCAGCAGAUAAGCCAGUCAAUAAACAGGUACGUCAGGGGAGGUCGGGGCCGCACACAAGCCAAGGAUACUAUCGCCACAUUAAAGCUGUUUGUUUAUCUAACGUUUUCACAGCAAAGGGUUGAGAUAAGGUGCCUGUAGAAAUAUUUAUCCUGAUGUAAUCCUUUGCAUUUCCAAAGCUGAAGGUGACAUUCAUGGGGCUUGCGUUCUCCAUCAUCAUCACUCCGUGAUGCUCGUUUGAUAACCGUACGUGUGGCUGAUUGCUCGACCCUCCAUUUUCUCUGCCCGCCGCCCUCGUGCGCACUCCCAUUAUUGUCCAGUUCUUUGUACAUAACGGCCGAAAUGACAGAAAAAGAUAUUUUUGUUCUAUCUGUGUAAACAAAAGGGGAAAAAAAAUACUUGUGAAUAAAGUUGCUUUGUCUGUGGAAAACUGUGAAUAUUGAAA